CUUCGUCUCCCAACUUCGACUCAUCUUUCUGACACAAGCUACGCUGGAUUAUCGGCCUACGAACAAUAUCACACUCAUCAUGAAGACCACCUUUGUUGCCUUGGCACUGGUUGCUAGCCUCGUCACCGCAAACCCUAUUGUCCCAACUGCUACUCCAGUGCCAACCCAAUUCGACACCCGCUACGCCUGCGAAGUCUCCACGGACUGCGCCGUCGUCAAUCGCGGUAACUGCUGUGGUUACUAUCCCGUCUGCGCCAAUUCUAAAGCUGUGUUCACAAAAGCCGAUGCUUGUCCAAAUGGAGGAGUAAGCGUAUGCGGGUGGCCGGAGAUUUCGAGCUGUGGGUGUAUGAGGGGCUUGUGUGUUGCAGUGCAUAGUGGGGCGAGAGGGGUUGGGCCAAUUGUGGACACGUAGAGGCUGGGUCUAUCUGGGUUUGAACUGAAGUCUGUGUUCACUCUACCCGUCCUCUGUUUCCAGGAAGAGUUCCAGAGGAUGGGAUCGUUUCUCCUACUAUUCCACAAGGGCUGAUGUCCUAAAGGAGGGGGGGAUGCAGCAGUUCUUCUUGUACACUUCUAUGUCCUUCUAAAUGUAAAAGCGCAUUUGGCUUCUGUAGGCGUUCACUCUGUGAUGACUAGGCUAGUACGGAUUAGCAGUUUAUACUAUCUUUUCAGCCGCAUUGGACA